AUGCAAAAUUAGAUUGAUUAGGGUUUACUAUAAGAACAUGAUUAAAAUAAUGGUAUUUAUAUUUGAAUAUAUCAAAAGUCGAUAAUAUCGCUGAUGAAUAAAUAGAUAAACACAAAUAACCAACAUAAAUAUUUGAAAUGGGAAAAUCAUAAUUUAAACAACGCCAUAAAUUCUUAGCUAUUUACACAGCUAUUAAAUUUAUUGCUGCAAUUACUUUAGUAUAUAGAAAAUAAAAAUAAUAGAUAAUUUUAAGAGAAACAUAAUAUGAAUAUGAGAUACUACAAAAGGAUUAUAAAGAUAUUUUUGAUGCUGCAUAUUUAGAAAUUUGGAUGUAUAUUUCAUGUAUAAUUUAAAAAAUAAAAUAGGUACACAUAGUCUAUUUGCUUUCAUCUAUUAUAUGUAAUUAUUAAUAAAGAUUGAUAAUGAUAUUAAGUGCAAUCAAAUUGUUGAAGAUAUUGGACAAAUGAUUAUAAUUGAAAUACCUUCAGCUUAUACCAAUCAAUAAAGAUAGGCUUUUAUAAUUCAAUAAGUUGAUAUACAAAAUUAAGAAAUGAUAUAAAGAUUAGAGAUAGAUGGGCAAAUAGAAGAGUCAAGAAGAAUCAGUCUUAUUGCAACAGAAAUCAAAGUUUAAAAUUCUAUAAUAUAUUAGAAAAACCUUUUGCAAAAUGAAAAAUCCUUAAAUUUUUUAGGAAAAGGAUGCUUUAUCUUAUUUCAAUUUAUUUAGUUAUGGGGUUUGAUAUUCUAUUUCCAUAGCAAAACAAAUGAAGACGUUAAUAAGGAAGCUAAAUUCUAUAUCUUAUAUAAAGGAUAUUUGCUUUCUGUAAAUUUAUUGAUUAAUAAUAGGUUGUAUUUAUGGGAAUCUAUUAAUAUCUAGAGAUCUACAUCAUAACUCUUUUAGUUUUAAUUUUUCUGCCAAUUCUUCUUUUUUAUAGUUUAUAUGAUUGGAUUAAGAAUUAUUUUUAAAAAAGGAGAGAAAGAAGAAGAAUCGAUGUUUCAUUAAAAGAAAGUAUGUAUAGUUUACAAGAAACAGCUGAAUGUAUUUUUUGUUUCUAUAAAAAAAUAGAAGAAUGUGCAAUUUGCAUGGAAGAAUAUACAUAAAAAGAUAAAAUUGCAGUACUUCCAUGCUCAAAUAAACAUCGAUUUCAUUCAACAUGUGUUAGAGCAUGGUUAUAAGUUAAUAGCAAAUGCCCUUUAUGCAGAACUGAUGUAUUAGCUCAGCCAGAUGAAAUUUUAUGAUUUAUUUUUUAAUCACAUUAUUAGC